AUGGUGGCCUCUGAAUUCCCUAGAAGACUGUACACCAAAGGCGGUGAGCCAGCCCCGGAUAAAAGCAUCGGCUAUUAUGCUGAUAAUUAUAGGCUGGUACCUGCACUAAAGUCAGCUCUACAAGAGGAUGAAUGGGAGGAGAUUUACGAGUCACCGUUGGGUGUCUUUUUAAAGUUCCACGACUUGGAUUUUGGUUGGGCUUCUAGGCUGGUCCACCACAUGCUGACCUUUCAGAUAGUUUGCAAGCAGAGGUACGAGAUAUGGAGCCUGAUUGGUACCACUCCAGUUUGGUUUUCAUUGCAUGAGUUUGAGGAGAUCACCGGACUCAACUGCGGGUACGUGGAUGACUUGGCUGUAACUGAUCUUGAGCUUUCCGAUGACAUGCAUGCAUUUUGGGAGCUAAUGGGGGUCGAUGUCGAGUCGGGCCCAAGCACUAUCGAAAUUAUUGAAGCCUGUUCCAACUGCUCAUCAUGGUCUUGGGAUGAUAGGCUGCGGUUGGGAUAUCUUGGGAUCUACGCUGGUUUCAUAUUGGCAACGAGACCUGGCUUAUCCACAAAUGUCAACCAUGCCAGACUAGUGAUGGAUCUCGAAGGUUUUAAGGAGUUUCCAUGGGGAAGAAUUGCUUUUCAUCAUCUGAUCAAGUCUGUUAAGGAGAAAGAUCUCAGCAAAAACAUUUAUAUAGAAGGAUUUGUGCAAGCUCUUCAAGUGUGGGUGUACUAUGCUCUGCCGGAUUUUGCUGCUGAAUUUGGCGAACCAUUGCCAAAUGAUAUUUCACCUCUUAUGUUGGCUUACAAAGGAUCAAGAGGACGAAAGAACGUCAAAGCCAACAUGCUAAAACAUGUACUGCUCGCAUACAGUGCUGUGUGGCUAAGGACUUGGCGGAUAUGUUUCCAAUUUGGUGUUUUGGGUGCCCACAUCGUCAAGGCAGAAGCAGGAAAGAGGAGUCUUCCCUCAGAUGAAUCAAGUCGCAAGAGACCCUGCACAGCCUCUGCCUCUGCUGCCUCUUUCGUUGGUGAUGAAGGGGUCGGAGUUGUCGCUACUAUGAAAGCGCACUUCAACCAAUGCUUCAAAAGCUUUUCAACCAAGAUGCUGAAUGGUCUUGGUAGCUGUGAAAAGCAGAUCAAACUUCUCACCGAGAAGGUUGAAUCUGUAGAGCGCGCGAGUAAUUCAGUUAAAGAUGAUGCUCCGAUGAAAGAUAAUGUCAACGUUAGUGCGUGUGAGAGUGUUAACGCCCCCGGGGAUGCAAAAGGAAAGAAGGCUGCCAUGAAGGAAGAAGAGGCCCCCGAGCCUAGUUUUUGUGAAAUUGACCCGAAGACGUGUGAUGUUGACUUCGACGCAGUUGCACUAGCCAAAAAUGCCAAAGCCAGAGCAGCGGCUCAGAUAGUUGCCCGAGCAAUGAAUGCCAGAAACCAACAGCUGGCUGCGACACAGAAGAGCCCGUUCUUAUGA